AUGCCUGUUGAUUAUAUUGGAUUUGCGUACGCCGCAACGGUGGCGGCCGGAGGCAUCAUCGGCUACGCGAAAGCAGCGAGUAUUCCGAGUCUGUCGGCAGGUUUGUUGUUUGGAUCCGUACUUGGGUAUGGUGCAUAUCAAACGACAAAAAAUCCCAAUAACUUGGCCCUUUCAUUGGGUACAAGUGCAGUUCUAGGAGGGAUAAUGGGUGUUCGUUAUCUCAAUAGUGGAAAAGUCAUGCCAGCUGGUAUAUUGGCAGCUUUGAGUUUGGCCAUGGUGAUCAGAUUGGGUGCUAGACAAGUUAUUGUUUGGUCGGCAAAAAACGAAUAG